CAGCACUGCUUGCUUUGCUUCUCUUAAGAAUUUCUCCUUUGAUCAAUCUUCUCUUGAUUUUAGUCCCUACCAUGCCCAAUAUCUUUUUCUUUUAUAACUGCACGACUCCUUUUCGGUUAAUUAUAUAAAACUUAGAAUCAAAUGUGCCUCCAGUGCGAUGCUUAAUUCUUGGAUUGCAUUAGUCCAUGGGAAUGAGGACUUGAAUUGGAACCAAACAGCCUGUGAGCAUUUAAUUGCCUUCCCUGUUCAGUUUGAAAGGGAAAAUAAUCAAGCAAUAAUCGUUGACUACAUAAAGUUGUUGAAUGAUGGAUUUACGCUCCAUCGGAAUGGAUAUGAUUGUGCUAGGUGCCAGAGAAGUUCUUGGGGCCACUUUGGAUUCGACAAGGGACAUAGUGUCUGUUUCUACCCUGAUGGAACUCAUUCCAAGCAAUGAAAAUAUGGUAAGGCGGCCAAAAAUUGCUUUGCUUAGAGUCUUCUUUCAAUUUUCUCGUUUUCUUUUUUGCUGGUUUUUCUCCAAAAUUGAUCUAGAUUAUAUCAGUUUACUCUCACAAGAAAAAUAGGAUAUCAUAUGCACGGGAAGAUGAAGUUUUUGGUAGAUUUCUCUCCUCUUUUCCUAGGAAACCUUCUGCAUCAAAUCUAGGAUCUAUCUAGCUAUUAACAAAUGUCUUUGACUAUGUUAAAGACAUUCAUGCCUUAUCCACACUGCUGCACUGUACCUAUACAAACAUGCAUGAAACAAAACUGUUAUUGAUGUUCGUUGUCUAGAGUAUACUUCGAGUUUAAGAGGAAACUGUCAGUUCAAUCAGCUUGUUAUAGACUCUUUAUCAAAAGGGUUCAUACGCUCAGUUCUUUCUUGUUUUCAACUGUUUAGAGUUUAGAUUCUUUGAACUUGGCUGUUUCCCUCUCAGCUUAAAGUCAUGUCUGAAUGGAAGAAAUUUCAGACUAACAGUGAAGGCAUUGACAAGUAGGUUGAAAUUCACUCAUGAAAACGAUUCUUUCUCUAACCCGCCCCAUACUUCCUGUCAAAGACCGACCGUGAAAAAGUUGUCACUGAUAGAGAAAUCAAGGAUCAUAUCAUUUCCACAAGGUAGACUUGGGUGUUUCUUUUUAUGGCCCGCAAUCUGAAUUUUCCCUCUUUUCCCCUCUCAUGGAUUCUUUCCUUCUGUCACGCCCUUUAUUUUUAACUUUUCCCCAUCGACCAUCCGAACCAUACUUUUUCUAUUCUAUCUUAUAGAUAGAACGCGCAAUCUUGUCCUUGUCACUCCAUCCUCUCUUUAGGUUUAAUUCAGAGUGCUGAGCUCCAAUCCUGGAACAAUUUGAGUUUUCCCAAUCUUCCAUAUGUCACUUUCGAGAUGGGUUCCAACCUAACCUUGUGUAAAUGCAAUAGUGCUUUGAAUACUAGCUUUCCAAAAGAAUUCAGCUACACAGUCUGCAAGAAUUACACUAUAUAAUAUAGCCAACCGGAGGGGAUGACUGGGCCACUCGAAAACAACAACAACUAAAAAAUGAUCGUUUGUCAAGCAUUUGUAAUUGCCCAAUUAUUCAGCGCCCUUUUACCAGUCUUCCACCGAAGAAAAAUUCGCAACAUAACGAUAGCCUUUUGAAACUAUUAACUCCAUGUGUAUGUGUCAAAGUUCCAAGUAUCCUUUCAUUGUUGGUAGAUGUUUAUUUAACAAGCAAAAAUUCUACUGUAGCAAAGUUGCAGGAAAGAACAAAUUGGGACUGAAGCUGGGACUCGGAAUUGGAUGCCCUACUCUAAUAAUACUGAUCUUGUCCAUCUAUGUCUUCCGGCGUCGAUGCAAACAAAAAUAUGCUUCAUCAAACUUUCUCAGACAAAAAACUUCAUCCGAUCACUCUUCAAAAUCAGACCUGGAAAGCAGUAGUACAGCCUGCUUUGGGCUCCCCAUCUUCUCCUAUGCUGAACUUGCAGAAGCCACGAAUAAUUUUGACGAUGAGAAAGAACUUGGAGAUGGAGGUUUUGGGACUGUAUACUAUGGGAAACUCCGAGAUGGGCGAGAAGUUGCAAUCAAGCGACUAUACCAACACAAUUAUAGACGGCUACAACAGUUCAUUAAUGAAGUUGAAAUCUUAACCCGCUUGCGCCACAAAAAUCUGGUCUCUCUCUAUGGUUGCACUUCACGCCGCAGCCGGGAACUUCUCCUUGUUUAUGAAUUCAUUGCUAAUGGCACCGUUGCUGAUCAUCUUCAUGGCAAUCUUGCACAGUCCGGUUCACUCACAUGGCCCAUUCGUAUGAGCGUUGCAAUAGAAACUGCAAGUGCAUUAGCUUAUCUACAUGCCUCUGAUAUCAUACACCGUGAUGUUAAAACUAACAACAUUCUCCUGGAUGAUAAUUUUUGUGUCAAAGUAGCAGAUUUUGGGCUUUCUCGGUUGUUCCCCAAUGAUGUCACCCACAUCUCAACUGCUCCACAAGGGACCCCUGGCUACGUUGACCCAGAAUAUCACCAAUGUUACCAGCUUACCGAAAAGAGUGAUGUCUAUAGCUUUGGAGUUGUUCUCGUUGAACUCAUAUCUUCAAUGCCUGCUAUUGAUAUCACCAGGCAUAGGCAUGAGAUUAAUUUGGCUAAUUUGGCAAUAAACAAGAUUCAAAAGUGUGCAUUUGAUGAGUUGAUUGACCCCAAUCUUGGUUAUAAAUCAGAUGAAGAAGUUACAAGGAGGACAACUUUAGUUGCAGAGCUGGCUUUUCGGUGUUUGCAACAAGAGAAAGAAAAGCGCCCUUCGAUGGAAGAGGUUUCGGAGGAACUACAGAGAAUACAAAGUGAAGAUUACAAGUUGGAGAAUGUGCAAGAGGAUGAACACACUGAUAGUGAAGUACCAAUCAGUUCACUGCCCCCUCCUUCACCUCCAACCGGCGAUCAGAUUGCAUUGUUGAAGAAUAUACGGCUGCCAGCUUCACCAGUUUCUGUGACAGAUAAAUGGAUUAGCCAGCGUACUACACCUAGUGCCAGUGUAUAAAUUUAAAAAAAAAAAAAAAAUUUGCCAUUCUGCUCAAAUUCAAGUCUCAUUGCCAACUGCAAAUAGAGGGUAAAAGAUUUUCAUUGUUCUCCUCGUUUGUUUUUUUCUCGAGGGAAUGUAGACAGUAAAUGGAGCAAUCAUUAUUAUACUAUAAAUAAUGUUCAUAUUCUGCAGAUCUUUUAUUGGCUUCCCUGCU